CGAUGACUUCAACUGCAUGACAGUUGAGCAUCGCAAGCUACUACGCCCUCAAACCCAGAUAUAUCCUCAAACACUUUUAUAUGCACGCCUUAUGUCACUCUUAACUUUAGGUAUCCUUCCCUUUUUUCGGGAUCGAAGGAUUACAGGCAUCCUGGAUAGGCCAGACAGGGUAGUGGAGCCCCUACUAGGUUACGCAUAAGACGAGGAAGAGAAACUCUUUGACUGGCGGACUAUAAUAAGUACGCUAACGGCUAAAAGAGCUUGGACAUCCAUGCUGCCAUGCUGACGUGCGCCGCCACUUUGGUUUCCCUAUUGAUCACAGUAUAUGCGGGAAGGCGUUUCGAAUACGAUACCUACCUCCUAGGUAUGCACAUACGGAAUAUAAGCGUACUAGACACCAGAACGUGUUGCUUCUUACUUCAUCUUCCUUCAUCUAAAAUCUCGGUGAAAUUCAAGAACCAUUAUAUGGCUACAGCUUUUCCAGCCUGUUAUAGUAUGAAUGCGACGGGCGGUGUUAAAAUGGGCUGUGCUACUAGGUAAGUAAGUUGGCUGAUCGAUUGUCCUCGUGCAACAAAACCCGGGU